AUGUCGACUAUUGCCUCUACCUUUUCGCGCCUGGUGCGCUUCGUUCCCAAGUCGGACUCCUCCAAGGUUCUCAUCGGAGAGCCUGUGGAUGCGGAGCUUGAUGUUGGUCUGGCUUUGUACAAGGGCCAGGAGGUCUCCGUGCGCCCAUUCACCGGUACCUCCGUUUUAAGCCCUGGUGAAGUCACUACCGGCACUGAAGUUAUUGAACGCCUUCUCUCCCCUCUCGCAGAGGAGGAAGUCGGAUCCAUCCGCUGCGUUGGCCUUAACUAUGUUUCGCACGCUAAGGAGAUGGACUUGUCGCUCCCGGAUGUGCCGGUCCUGUUCCUUAAGCCGUCCACAGCCCUUGCGGAUCCCUAUCCCGCUCCGACCAUCCUGCCCAAGAUCACACAGACCGACAACACCGGUGACUACGAGUCUGAGAUGGUCAUUGUUAUUGGCCGUGAUGCAAAGGAUGUGCCCGAGUCCGAGGCUCUUGACUAUGUUCUCGGCUACACUGCUGCCAACGAUGUUUCUAGCCGUACCUACCAGAUGAACCAGAGCCAAUGGUGCUUCUCCAAGGGCUUUGAUGGCUCAUGUCCCAUUGGACCCACUCUUGUUUCCGCCAAGCUUCUUCCCGAUGUUAGCAAGCUGCAUAUUCGCGGCCUCAAGAACGGAGAUGUCAUGCAGGACUGCCCUCUGACUGACUUGAUUUUCUCCGUUCCCCAGCUUAUCAGCUUCAUUUCUCAGGGUACCACUUUGCGGGCCGGUACUAUUAUUCUCACUGGCACUCCUCCCGGUGUCGGUGCCGCUAAGAAUCCCAAGCAGUUCAUCAAGGCUGGUGAUGAGUUUGCUGUUGAGCUGCUUCCCCACGUUGGUACUCUGAUUAACAAGAUCGAGCACCAGUGA